ACAUAGGACUCCAUUGCUUGUGGAAAAGGCAAUCACGAUCCAAAUCUUACAUAUAUAAGACCAAUGUCUGGAUGUGAGGGACAGUCUUCAAUUAGAGCACACAAGGAGUGCACUUAAUUUGUCUUGUGGAUUUUAUUUGGGUACAUAUAUUUUAAGAGAUCAAUGGUAAGUAAAUACAAUUCGAAUGUUCGAAUUUAUGAGAAAUCACAGAUAAGGACUUAAAUCACGGAUACUAUUGUGAACAUUUACCAACUGAUCCACCUAAUACCUAAAAAUCCUCAUAAAAUCACAAAAACAUUGCUGACUCUGAUCAGAGAUUGAAAUAAGUUCUAACCGGCUAACGACCGAUUUUCAUCAUGAGUCAGACAGAGCUUACUGAACCCCAGAAAAUACUUAAGAAUAUACUUAGUGUGACCGAAGGAUUUGCUGCUCUAGGGAUCGAUUGCGAAAUUUCUGGAUGUGCCUCUCAUACAACGGUAGAUCUUGCCUACUCCGGCGCUACCCCCAAACGCCUUACAAUAUACCCGAAUAAAAAGGGAACCAAAUCUAACAGCAAUGAUAUGGGAACAUCCCACACCCAGGACAACAAUCAUUCGCAGGCAAGCGUGGGUAAAUCAUCCAAUUAUGCGAAAACUGGCCAUGGCCCAUCUUCAAGCCGCAACGGCCGUAACGACAACUCCUACCGAAGAAACAACAAUGAUCAGGGCACAUCCUACUCCCAAGUCAACAACUAUCCUCAGGGAAGCAAGAACAAAGGUAACAACAAGAAAGGAAACAAAGUAUCAUCCCAUUAUGGAGGCAAUAGUCAUGGCUUGUCUUCUAGCAAAGGAACUGGGAACAGUAACUUCAAAGGCCGCAACAGCAACUCCUACCAAGUCAAUAACUAUCCAGCUUCAACAUCUAUCAUCGAUCUAGAUGAUAUGUUAUAUUUCGAUUUGGAUGAUGAAAUCGAACGCCUCUAUGAUGACUGGUAUCAUACCCAAUAAAGCGGGAUGGAGUUGUCACAGGUACCUUUCACCAACGUGUCCAACACCUCCACAUUUCAGAGCAAAUUGCUCAUUGAAUUCGGGUUCGGAUACUCUAUUUUGUAACCAAAUCCCCCACACAUGAACACACUGAUUCUUAAUUUUCUAUUUGUUAGCAUAAGCACUUUGUAUUUCUUAGUAAGCAUAAUCAAUUUAACCAUUGGCCUCUUGAUGCCUCAUCUACUCCCUCGCUGGCACAGAGAAGCAACCGGAAGAUCGAUUUAAUUGGGAUAUAUGUAUUUAUUUUUAAGUUCUUCUAUGUGGAAAGAAUUGUUGAACUCGCCGUUUUACUUUUUGCUUGUAAACAAUAAACAACUGAAAAAAUA